UCCCGGUAGCGUCCGGGCUGCCGUGCACGAGCGAGGGAGGGAGGGCGGACGCGCGUUGGGGGCGCGCUCUUGAAUGCGGGCCGCGCGCUCGGUGGCGCGCAUGUGCUUGUGUGCGGGCUGCCGGGCUGCCCCGAGCCGGCCCGGAGCGGGUCCGCUCCUGGUGGCGGGCGGCGGGAGCGAGGGAACGGACAUGGACUUCGACUCGUACCAGCACUAUUUCUACGACUAUGACUGUGGGGAGGAUUUCUACCGCUCCACCGCGCCCAGCGAGGACAUCUGGAAGAAAUUCGAGCUGGUGCAGUCACCCCCCACAUCGCCGCCUUGGGGCUCGGGUCCCGACGCCGGGGACCCGGCCCCUGGAGUUGGCCCCCUGGAGCCGUGGCCCGGAGGGGGCGCCGGGGACGAGGCAGAAUCCCGGGGCCACUCGAAAGGUUGGGGCAGAAACUACGCCUCCAUCAUCCGCCGUGACUGCAUGUGGAGCGGCUUCUCGGCCCGGGAACGGCUGGAGAGAGCGGUGAGCGACCGGCUCGCCACUGGAGCGCCCCGGGGGAACCCACCCAAGGUGCCCGCCGCCCCGGACUGCGCUCCCAGCCUGGAAGCCGGUAACCCUGCGCCCGCUGCCCCCUGUCCGCUGGGCGAGCCCAAGACCCAGGCCUGCUCGGGGUCCGAGAGCCCUAGCGACUCGGAGGGUGAAGAAAUCGACGUUGUGACAGUGGAGAAGAGACAGUCCCUGGGGGUACGGAAGCCGGUCACCAUCACAGUGAGAGCAGACCCUUUGGACCCCUGCAUGAAACACUUCCACAUCUCCAUCCAUCAGCAACAGCAUAACUAUGCCGCCCGUUUUCCUCCAGAAAGCUGUUCCCAAGGAGCGGCUCCAGAGAGAAGUCCCCAGGAAGAGGCUCUAGACACAGAUGCACCAGAGGAGAAGGAAGACGAGGCAGAUGAAGAGGUUGUGAGCCCCCUGCCUAUAGAAAGCGAGGCUCCCCAGUCCUGCCACCUCAAACCUGUCAGUUCUGACACUGAGGAUGUGACGAAGAGGAAGAACCACAACUUCCUGGAGCGCAAAAGGCGAAAUGACCUUCGUUCGAGGUUCUUGGCCCUGAGGGACCAGGUGCCCACCCUGGCCAGCUGCUCCAAGGCCCCCAAAGUGGUGAUCCUGAGCAAGGCCUUGGAAUACUUGCAAGCCUUGGUGGGGGCUGAGAAGAGGAUGGCUACGGAGAAAAGGCAGCUUCGAUGCCGGCAGCAGCAACUGCAGAAAAGAAUUGCGUACCUCAGUGGCUACUAACUGACCAAAAAACCUGACUGCUCCGUCUUACAAAGACCCGAGUUUAUUUUUUAACCUUCCCUCUCUCCCCUUUAGUAAUUUGCACAUCUUGGUUACGGUGAGAUAGCCUGGACAGUAGAUCCCAGAAUGCUUUGUAGCUGAUGCACACACAAUAAGGGCUUGCAUUCUUGGAAACCUGGAAACCCAGCUCUCUCUCUUCCCUGACUCAUGGGAGCGCUGUGUCUUCUCUGGCACCUUUGGCUUCUCAGGCAGGCAGCUGACUGCGGAGCCUUGGGGUCUGCCUAGCUCACUAGCUCUGAAGAAAAGCCUGACAGAUGCUAUGCAACAGGUGGUGGACGUUGUCGGGGGCUCCAGCCUGCAUGAAAUCUCACACUCCGGAUGAGCUUCAGGCUGGGAAAGGAUGCUCCCACUGGUGUCUCUGGGGUGAUGCUAGGACAGCUGGGUCUGGACGCUCUCCCUGAGGCUCCUUUUUCCAGGAGACACACGAGCUGUCUUGGGUGAAGACAAGCUUGCAGACUUGAUCAACAUGGACCAUUACCUCACUGUCAGACACUUUACAGUAGCUGAGGAGUUGGAAACCUUUAAUAUAUAUAUAUAUAUAUAUAUAUAUAUAUAUAUAUAUAUGUAUGUAUAAUGAUGUUAGAUGACACCCCUCCUCCCACUCUCAAUGCUGCUGGCCUUGAGAACAUUUAAAGAGCUUGGCCUCUACAUUCUUUGUCUCAAAGCCCUCUGGGCCCUUUCCUCUGAGGGAGAGAGCAUUCUGUCCUCACAAGGGACUUUUUUGUUUCCUUCUGCUUUUGUUAAGCAAUGGGCUCUACAAGCACCCCUUUCCCACAGGUCAGAAUAUUUCCCCCAGACACAGGGAAAUGGGUCCUCGCCUGCAGCCUGGGGAAGGCUUGGUGUCUUGGCCAUGAACUUGUUCCCUGCCCAGGUAUUUUCCAUCUUGGAGCCGUUUAUCAAAGCAGAUGUCAGGCACUUCAGGAGUGAGAACUGUACCAUUUCCUCUUUCCCACCCCCUGUCAUCUCAAUCCCUUACUGAUAAGUUUGAAGUUCUACUAGAACCAUGCAAACCUGUCCUUCUUGUGCAACUCCAAGAAGCUUGCUGGCACUGUAGCCACCCGCCUUGGGCCCCCUGCCAGCCUCACAUGAGUCAGACCCCUUUCCCAGAAUCUGGGCCUUACUGAAGUUCUUACUGGGAGAGCGUCUGGGACUCAUCCAGUGCUCCAGAAGGUGGCCUAGUUUAUUGGUGGGUUUUAAAGGAGUUUUCAGGAGUUCUGCUUAGUGGACCAUGAUGGAUUUUGGCCCAUCUAGACUUGCCACCUCCGAAUGGAUUCCAGGUGGAGUCUCUACUCUGGGAAAGGCACGCAACCCUACAGGUGUCUUGUGGGCAACUUCAGAAGUCCCUAAGCCUAGCCUGGAAGAAGGACCAGCCCCUCCAGAACCCUGCCCGAGGCAGCAGGUGCCUGCUGGCUGUGGGUUUGAAAGUGGGGGAGGGGAGGAUGGUAGAGCACUAUAUGUGGCUCUGGAAAGCCAGCUGCUACUUCCAAACCUAUUAUGCAUGAUGGUCUGUUUCUGAGGUUAUUUUCUGGCCUCAGAGAACCCCCAUGGAAGUUUGAGAAAAGCCUUUCUAUGUUUUGGAGCAUGGUUUUCAGGAGCCAACUGACUUCUGGAACUGUUUGGAGAACAGGUGGGAUGUAGGUUAUUGAUGUCUCACCUGAAUAGCUUGUGUUUUAUAAGCUGCUGUUGGGUACUAUGCUGGGUGCAGUCUUUUUUUUUUUUUUCUUUUUUUUUGAUACUGUAUUUUUGUAUGCCUUUUGCAAAGUGGUGGUGUUUUUGUACAAGAAAAAAAACUCCUGGGCAAUUCUCCUGUUGCAAGAGUCGAAUUUAUUUUGAAAGGCAAGUUUACCUGAAAUUUUGUAUUUAGUUGUGAUUAUUGAUCACCUGAUUUAAAAAUGUUGCCUUCCGGGACAUCUUCUAAUAAAAGAUUUCUCAAACAUGUCACAGCGGGGGCAGUUUAUGCCAACCGAGUCCUUGAACCAAGGACGACUAUUUCAGUGUAGCCAAAGGGAGCCAAAGAGUUGUAUUUCUCUAACCACGUUGCUAACCUGGUCAUUCCACUUUGGGUUCCUGAAAUGCCAUUUCAGACAUGUCUAAACAGUGUAGGCCUGGAACUUGGUGAACAUGAAAUUCUCUUAUGAAUUACAAAGAGUGCUAAAUGUGUACAUUAGGAGGCUUGAAAUCCUAGUUCCACCACUUAUUUGUUCUGUGCCUUUUAGCUUUACCUGUCUAAGUCCUGGUUUCCUUAUCUGUAAAAUGGGGAUAAAUGCUACUUCACAAGGGUUUGGCAGGUAUUAAAUGAAGUAGUAGAUGAUAAGCCACUUUCUAAACUAUAAGGUCUUACGCAUAGUAUAUUCUUUAGGAUGGUACUGUUCUUACCUUAGUGGUAUGAUGACCUUUUGGAGGAUGUCUUUUUAAAACAUCUCUGAAAAUUUGUGAUGUAA